UGUAAGGAAUUAAAUGAUUGAGCUUCAGUUAGAUCCGUUUGUUGUUAGUUAUUAAAUUGAAGAACCCUCUUUCCAAUUCUGAAAGCAAACAACUUUUCUUUGUGUACAGUUUCCACGUAAUCGCCGGGAGAACCGGUCUUUCUUUCUUUCUUUCUUUGUUUUCUAUCCAAAUUUAUUUUCUUUCUUCACUUUUCCCAUUCUCAGCGCUUUAUCGCACCUUCUCCUUUCUCUUUCUUUUUCGUUCUUUUCCCCUUUCUCCCAUCCUUAUUAGGGUUUUUUGAAUCUUCCAAAUUCCCCAAAUUUCCCGUCAUUUCUCACUUCCUGUUUCAACGAAUCUUCAAAUUCAUUCGCCCAAGAUGAUGAUGCCCCCUGGCCUCGUCUCCAACCUCCAAGAAGCACUUCAAAACAGAAAAGGUUCCCAAGAACAAGGAUCCAAGGACAAUGAGGACCCACCCGAACCCGCUUCUUCUACCGAUGAGAAUCCCGAACCUGAAUUCGAUCCUUCCAAGCCCAUUUUGUUGGUUACCAACAGCGAUGGUGUUGAGUCCCCUGGCCUCACUCACCUCGUCGAAGCCCUAGUUCGUCAAGGCCUCUACAAUGUCCAUAUCUGUGUUCCUCAAUCGGACAAAUCGGUUUCUGGGCACUCUGUUACUUUCAAAGAAACUGUGGAAGCUUGUUCUGCUAAAGUUAGUGGUGCCUCUGCAUUUGAGAUUUCAGGAACUCCUGUGGAUUGUGUGUCACUAGCAUUAUCUGGGGCACUGUUUUCAUGGUCAAAGCCAAUGCUGGUUAUUAGUGGGAUUAACCAGGGAUCCAGCUGUGGUCAUCACAUGUUCUACUCAGGUGUUGUUGCUGGAGCUAGAGAGGCAUUAUUAUCUGGUGUACCGGCUUUGUCCAUAUCAUUAAACUGGAAGAAGGAUGAAAGUCAAGAAACUGAUUUCAAGGAUGCAGCUGAAGUCUGUUUACCUUUGAUAAAUGCAGCUAUCAGGGAUGUUGAGAAGGGAACUUUUCCCAAAAGCUGCUUUUUGAAUAUAGAAAUUCCCACAUCACCUUCAAAGAACAAGGGCUUCAAAUUAACCAAGCAAAGUAUGUGGAGAUCCACGCCAAGCUGGCUAGCUGUGUCAGCUAGCCGCUAUCCAACUGGUCAUUUCAUGGCCAAUCAACAAGGUGGCCUUGGCCUUCAGUUUGCACAGCUUGGACGGGAUGCCUCUGCAGCUGGCGCAGCUCGUCGACUGGCUACACAGAAAAAGAACUUGGAGGUUAUUGAAUCAGUUGGAGCUUCAGGAAAAUCCGAUUCCAACAGAGUGAAGAAGUACUUCAGACUAGAGUUUCAGGAAAAGCAGCAGGAAGAUAUAGAUGAAGAUAUGGAUUACGGAGCACUUGAAAGUGGAUACGUCGCAGUGACGCCGCUGUCUCUUUCGACUCCCAUCGAGAUGAUUCUUUCUUUUCCUUUUUUCUUGCAUAAAUCAAAGAUGGAGCAGAAGCGUUAGUCACACCAAUUAAAUAGUUGAUUUCAUUUCAUUCUCUGUUUCAAUUUUAAUAUUUUUUUUUCUUAUUCCGGUUUUGACAUUUUAAUUUUGGUUCUCUUCAUUGUUUCACUUGCUUUGGUUACUUAGUUUAUUUCUGAGGCGAAGCAAAUGCUUCUUGUAAUCACUUGGGCAUAUUUUAGAAAAAUGCCAUUUGGAAUGUUUGUAAUGCCAAUUAUUAGCAAAACAAUGGAGCACUUGUAAUUUUCCACUUGUAUCUUCAUUUGAAGAUAGUUAAGCUUUGGAGUUGAUGAUUUCUUAGUA